AUGCUGAUUAUUUCUGAACCCAUCUUAGACUUUCAGAAUGUUGCUCAACAAUUUGUUGAGUACUACUACAAGACUUUCGACGAGAAUCGAGCAGACCUUUCCCCAUUAUAUCGCGAUCAUUCUAUGUUGACUUUCGAGAACUCUUCGAUCCAAGGCACCGGCUUGAUCGUCGAAAAGUUGAUGUCUCUUCCUUUCCAAAAGGUUGCUCACCGUGUUUCGACACUGGAUGCCCAACCAACAAACGAAGGCGGAAUCCUAGUUAUGGUCACCGGUGCUCUCCUGGUUGAUGAAGAGCAGAAGCCUAUGAGCUAUUCCCAGACCUUUCAGCUCCUCCCAAAUGGCGCUGGUAGCUACUUUGUCUUCAACGAUAUUUUCCGCCUCGUGUAUUCUUCCUCAUAG